CCGCUGGCCCCUGACGCGCAGCCGGCGCUUGGCCCGACCGGUCGACCGAGGAUCACAGCCCGCGCCUGGCCCCAUCUGUCGGCGGAGGACCGCAGCCCAGAGACGACGCGGUAGCCAUGGCUGAAGCGGCGCCCGGCCGGCCAGAUGCAGAGACGAGCUCAUACCGCUACUCCCCAGAGAUCACACUGUGGACUGUGGUGGCUGCUGUUCAGGCCUUGGAGAAGAAAGUGGAAUCUUGCCUGUCCCGCUUGCUGACCCUGGAGGGACGCUCAGGGACAGCAGAGAAGAAGCUGGCUGACUUCGAGAAGACGGCUGUGGAGUUCAGCAGCCAGCUGGAGGGCAAGUGGGCCGUGCUGGGGACCCUGCUGCAGGAGAAUGGGCUGCUGCAGCGGCGGCUGGAGAAUAUGGAGAACCUGCUGCGCAACCGGAACUUCUGGAUUCUGCGGCUGCCACCUGGCAGCAAGGGCGAGGUCCCCAAGGUGCCCCUGACCUUUGAUGAUGUGGCUGUGUAUUUCUCCGAAUUGGAGUGGGACAAACUGGAGGACUGGCAGAAGGAACUCUACAAACAUGUAAUGAGGGGCAACUACGAGAUGCUGGUCUCCCUGGAUUAUGCCAUCUCCAAACCAGACAUCCUCACCCAGAUAGAGAGGGGAGAAGAGCCUUGUCCUCCAGGCUCCUGGGUCCAGGAGAAGGGGAGUGAGGAAGAAAGAGUAUGCCCAAGGAAACUAAACACUGGCAUCUCUCUGAGUCAAGAGCAGGCCCCAAGUCCAGUGAGCCCUGCCCAGAACGAACCAGAAGAAAGACAGACACCUGAGCAGCAGCAGGAGGAAGCAAGCAUGACUCCAAGUAAGCCAGGUGCUGGAAUUCCAGAAAACACCAGCUCUUUAUCAGUUAAGCAGGAGGAAGACGCUCCAGAGGGCGAGUUGCCACCCUCCCCUCCCACAGAUAGCCUGCCUUCUGUGGCGCCAGGUGACGGUGCUGUGACCAUCAAGACAGAAGCCCCGUCGGAGGAUGAACCUGAGGAGCACCUUCCGGAGUCCGCUAGCCAGCCCAUGUAUCGAGUCCACAAAAGGCCCAGGAAAAAGACUAGAGGCUCCAGACGGCAUCAUGCCCAGGGAGUGCCUAGGGUGCAGAUUGGGGAACCCGAAGCUGCAGAUGCUAUGGGAGAACCACCCCGCACCCUUUCCCGGUUACGGGGACGGUCAUUCCUGUGCCCUGACUGUGGGCAGAACUUCCGCCUGAAGAUUAAUCUGACAAUCCAUCAGCGGACCCACGUAGAAAAGGAGCGCAGCAAGGCUUGGAGUGGCUUGUCUGUGGAGGAAAGUCACUCCACGCUGGAACCAGGAGAGGUGGUGGUGCCUGGCCCUGUCAUCCGCUGGGUACCUGAGGAGCCCACAAGCCACCGUUCCCUGGCAAGCCACGCAGUGAUGGGCCGAAGGCCAGCAGCUAAGGUUUACCACUGUAGUAAAUGCCUGCACUCCUUCCAGCAACGGAAGAGCCUAAUACUGCACCAGCGUCAGCACACAGGCAAAAGGCAGGGUUGGCCGACCUGUCCCUACUGUGGCAAGGCCUUCCGCCGGCCCUCCGACCUCUUUCGUCACCAGCGCAUCCACACCGGCGAGCGUCCCUAUCAGUGUCCCCAGUGUGGCCGGGCCUUCAACAGGAACCACCACCUGACUAUCCACAUGCAGACACACUUCUGAGGCCAGGCAGUCCUGCUUUUCUCAUGCCUCUGUCCUCCAGGAGAGCCCAGCCCUAACGAGGAAGGCUGACCAGGAGCCUGCCGUUACACCCUUUCGCUCUCCUGGCAGGACCUGCAUUAUCUCAGGGCCUUUCCCUUGUGCCUGACCUGACCUUGGUCUCAAUCAGGGAUGGAUUUGGAGAGUCUGGUUUUGUUUUCCAUUCAAAUGGGAAGAAUCAAGUCUUUUGGUGACUGUAAGUGUGUGACAGGGUGCCUCAGUCUCCUAAUUUCUCCUUUUGCACAUUCCUGACUUGUAAAAAAACUUAAGAUUUAAGGUGUGGCCUUUGGCUGGUAUUGUAGUCAGUAGGAACAGAGAUUGUAUCUUUACAGGAUGGGACCAGAGCAGGCUCUUGCUUUAUUUUUCUUUUGAUUUUUAAACUUUGUUACUCUGAGAUUUUUUUUUCCUUUUUCUUUUCUUUUUUUUUUUGGAGACCAGAAGCUGCUGAAGGGCAGGAACUUUCUCCUACCUCAUGUGUUGUCAGGGUGGGGGGACCAGCUUAGUGUACACUUGCCUUAGUGGACAUGUUCUGAAAGCAGGGUACUCAAGGGUUUUGAGUGCCUGUAGUGCCUCAGUUUCCCCAGCCUCUCCCUCAUGUGGCAGUCACAUCCCUUACUCUUUUACUGAGUUGUGAGGGAAAUGGAAGCUAGGAAGCUCAAGCCUCAGGGUUGACAGUGUGGCUGACCCUUUGUGGCAGGCCUGCAAAAAUACCUGAAGGAGAAUAUAAAGCAAGUCCAGGAAGCACCCGCCUGGGGAACUUUGGGACCUCAGCUAGGGAAACCUUCAGCUUUCUUGAGGCUUAUGUGCCUUGUGUGACAAGGAGAAGAGCUCCAGGAUGUCACCCUAGAGGUGUGUAUCAGAAGAGGCACUAGACAAAUAUGCCUGGUUUUAUCCUGUUAAGUCUGGGUCUCUUUUUUUUGUUGUUGGUCCUUUGCCCUUUGUCCCAGAAAGAAACGUUUAGGAAGGACCUUUCUCUUUUGCUAAGUGGCAGUUCCUUCACUUUCUGGCUGAGCUGGUACUUUAGGGGCCCUUCAAAAGCACAAGCUCAAGACCGGGAAUUUGAGGUGAUAGUGUCAGACCUGAUAGUCUUGAGAAUGGGUGGUUUCUUGUGCCUCUUUGGCUCACCACCUUGGGUGCUCCUAGACAGCCUGGUGGGUGCUUCUGAAGCUGGGGUUAUGGAUCCCAGUUCUCCUGAGAGUUUACUUUCUUGUUUGGCACUCAGCCACCAGAGCACAUUCAGGCAGGCUCGGGGUACCUUCGUCCCUGCCUCUGUUAUUGAUGUCCUUCAGAGCCUUGCCACUCAAAAGUCCUGAAGAGAUGAGGCCGAGGGUAACAGUGCCAUCAUUCCUGGGGCAGGGGUAAGUAAGCAAGCAAGUCUGUGGCAGUUCAUGGUUCUGAACUCUACUUGUCUGCUCACCCAACCAUUGUUUAGGCCUACAAACAAGACAGCAACCAUCAAAUGCUCAGACAGGAUGUGCACAGUAUACCUGUCCCAAGCUUAAUCCUCCGCUGGGAAUGCUCACUGCUGCUGUCCGGGAGCUCCCUAGGCCUCUUUUCUAAUGCUUUAGAUGCUCUCUCUGGAAACAAGUAUUCUAUAUUUGAACACAAAUUCAAAUACUGGGGUGGGGAAAGAGGCUGUGUCAUCCUGGCUGGCUGUGGGCUUGCCGUAAAUUUCCUGCCUCUAUCUCCAGAGUGCCAGGAUUUACUUGCCUGUGCCAUCAUGUCCAACUGGCCUUACUGCGUUUGCCCUGGAAUUCAAUAGGACACGUUAAGGAACGUUUUGAAUUUACAGUGGACAAAGGCUGCUUGGUUGCAGGAGCCCCGCGAUGGAGUCCUGAUCGGAUCCCAGACUCUUCUAGCUCAUUUUGUAAAACAAAGAAAUGGUUGGGCCACGAAGCCCUAAGAACUAUGGAGGUGGCAGUCUCAGCCUAAUCGGUGCUCUAUAAACACGUUGGAAUAAGCAA